UUCAUACGGUUUAUUUAACGCUGAUAUUAACCCUUAAAAUGGAGUUAACAAAGUUUAAAAUGGAAAAAUAUCGAAACGACAAUAUCACUAACAUUGAUCAUGAACGGCAUGAACAUGAACUAAUGAAAACAAGAAUGAGAAUGUUUAGCGUUUCGUCAUUCGACCGGUUAUCAACGAAUUUUAAUCAAAGCGCAACUAAUUACAAUUGUAGAUAAGAUGUAUUACCUAAUUUAUUAAUCAUUUCUACUGGGGGCAAUACGCACGUCGCCAUUAUCGUUAAAAAUGGCCAGUUUAGUGACGAAAAAGAGUGUUUUGUUAGCGAGAUUAGUUAAAAAUGUUGGCGAUUGUACUAAAAGAUUGUCUUCUCACUUUAUUUAUUAUCCUGACAAUGAUAAACCUGUGGAAGGAGAGACUACAAAGAUGAACAUGAUGCAGGCUAUCAACAAUGCCAUGGACCUCACGCUGAAGAAUGACCCCACGGCUGUACUGUUUGGUGAAGACGUAGCCUUCGGUGGGGUCUUCCGAUGUGCACUUGGAUUACAGGAGAAGUAUGGCAAGGACCGUGUGUUCAACACUCCGCUGUGUGAGCAGGGCAUCGCAGGGUUCGGUAUAGGACUGGCCACAGCCGGAGCUACUGCUAUUGCGGAGAUACAGUUUGCUGAUUACAUAUUCCCAGCUUUUGACCAGAUAGUAAACGAAGCAGCGAAGGCUCGCUACCGCUCGGGGGGCCAGUUUGACUGCGGAGCGCUCACCAUCCGGACUCCGUGCAGUGCCGUGGGACACGGUGGACUGUACCACUCACAGAGCCCCGAGGCUUUCUUCGCACAUGUGCCUGGACUUAGGGUGGUAGUGCCCCGUGGUCCAAUCACAGCUAAAGGUCUGCUACUAUCGUGCAUCAGAGAGAAGGAUCCUUGCGUAUUCCUGGAACCUAAGAUCCUCUACCGAUCUGCUGCUGAAGAGGUUCCAGUCGAGGAUUACACCAUACCACUUGGCAAGGCUCAGGUCUUGAGAGAAGGCUCGGCGGCGACGUUGGUGGGGUGGGGCACGCAGGUGCACGUGUUGCUGGAGGUGGCCGCGCUGGCCGAGGCCCAGCUCGGGGCGCGCUGUGACGUCAUCGACCUACAGUCCAUCCUGCCCUGGGACGAAGACACUGUCUGUAACUCCGUAAAGAAAACUGGUCGUUGUCUCAUCGCUCACGAAGCACCUCUGACAUCAGGAUUUGGAGCUGAACUAGCUGCUACUAUUCAGGAGGAGUGCUUCUUACACCUGGAGGCUCCUAUCGCCCGCGUGACGGGCUGGGACGCUCCGUUCCCUCACGUCUUCGAACCAUUCUACCUCCCGGACAAGUGGCGGUGCUACCAGGCUCUCACUGAAAUACUAAACUACUAAAUACAAUUAAUAAUAACGCUAUCUACUAGUUUAGCACUACAUCACAUUUUCCUCGUAACAUGGUAUUUUUAAGAUAUUUUAUAACAUUGUUGAAUAAAGGCUAUAGUUAGAUAAGUUAUGCAAAAUAAUGUUUAUUAAAAUCAUUUCUGUAUGUCUUC